AUGUACAGAAACUUCUUACUUCGCACGCUGGGAUCGCUCAGGGCAUUGCGUUCAACAAACCACGCGAGACCCUUCUCCUCGUCAAUACCCCGGUUGGACGGUGUCAAACCUCUCGAUGUACUGACAGAAGAGGAAGAAAUGAUUCGGGAAACAGUUCAACGCUUUGCCAACGAAGUAGUCAAGCCCAGGGUCAGGGAGAUGGACGAGAACGAACGAAUGGACCCGGAGAUUAUCAAAGGGCUUUUCGAGCAAGGGUUAAUGGGUAUCGAAACUUCUGCUGCCCACGGGGGCUCUGAAUCAUCCUUCACAUCUGCUAUCAUCGCUAUUGAGGAGCUUGCGAAAGUCGACCCGUCCGUCUCCGUAUUGUGCGACGUACACAACACGUUGGUCAAUACGGUGAUACGAAAGUAUGCGACUGAGACGCAGAAGGAGAAGUGGUUACCGCUUUUAGCUACCGAACAACUAGGAUCGUUCUGUCUAUCCGAAGCAGCUUCAGGGUCCGAUGCAUUUGCCUUGCAAACAAAAGCUCAGAAAGUUGGUAACGAUUACGUGCUGAACGGAACAAAAAUGUGGAUCACCAACUCCUACGAGGCCAGCAUAUUCUUAAUAUUCGCUAAUAUUGAUCCCUCAAAAGGGUACAAAGGAAUAACAUGCUUCAUCGGUACGAAGGAUAUGGGCAUUGAAAUUGCGAAGAAAGAACAGAAGCUGGGAAUUAGAGCAUCGUCUACGUGUACGCUCAACUUUGACGACGUCAAGAUUCCUGCGGAAAAUAUUAUUGGUGGUGAGGGUCAAGGCUACAAGAUCGCCAUUGAAAUCCUCAAUGAGGGUCGUAUCGGUAUAGCAGCGCAAAUGCUCGGUCUUGCCCAGGGAGCCUUUGCACUCUCCGUCCCGUACACCUACACCCGGAACCAAUUCAAACAGCCUAUAGGAACCUUCCAAGGCAUGGCUUUCUCGUUUGCUGAAGCCGCGACCCAGAUCGAGACUGCGAAACUCUUAACCUAUAACGCGGCACGUAGAAAAGAGGCUGGGUUAAGUUUUGUGAAGGAGGCGGCCAUGGCCAAGUGGUGGGCUAGUAAGGUCGCGCAGGAAGUCAGUGGAAAUGCGAUUGAGUGGAUGGGUGGUUUAGGGUUCACGAGGGAGACUGGGGUCGAGAAGUUUUGGAGGGAUUCGAAGAUUGGUGCAAUAUAUGAAGGGACAUCAAAUAUCCAGUUACAGACAAUUGCCAAGUUCAUUCAGAAAGAGUAUACGCCUUGA